AUGGAUGCCGCCGAGCCUCCCCUUGUGGCGGCCCGGCCAUCCUACGGAAUGCGGCCGAGGCCGUCGACCAAGCGGCGCAAAGUAACACCACUCAAGACAUCACAUAUCAUAGCUCAAGGUGCUGGAACACAAGAUGAUAUCAACGGCAAGUCACCAGCCUCUGGGGACUUAUCGGACGCGAAAGAUGCGUCACCGCCAAAACCAUCAACCAGGGUUAUGCGAAAAGCCUCAACUACUGGACGACCCAUUGUGCCCCUGACCGAGCAGAAAUCACUGGAUAGGACAUUGUCAAGAGGAAAACGGGAUGGAGAACCUGACGGUUGGGAUAUUGCGCCAGACGGCACCUCCGCCGGUCGCCAAGGGCGUCAGUUCACUGUUGCCAACGUCGGGAACAAUGGCAAGCUUUUUUUACGACCCUCUGUCCGGCGUGCAAACAAGAGAUAUCCCCAGCCAAAUUUCACCUUUCCCAUAACACCACCUGGAACUGCUGGACUGGAGGGAGUUUAUCCAGACAACCUAGACGAACCGCCUAAAUUGACGACGGAUCAUCACGAAGAUCAAUUCACCCCGACGCCGAGGACCUCGAUCAUCCCCCCACAAUACGUUCCCAAUACUAGUGGCUUCGUAUCAACUACACAACACCGUAGAGCGGUGUCGGAUGGUACGAUCCGCGACUUUAAUUCCCCCACAAGUACCGAUGCGGAUGGGUACAGAAUAGUCAUCACGAAGCCGCCUCACGAGGCCGGCCGGCCCAAAACAGCGGAGAACCCAACCGAUCUGGAUAUUGGCGGUAUUCCAACACUCAAUAUUAACAUCCCAUCGUGGAAGCUAGGGACGCCUCGGUUUUCUAUUAGAGGUACCCCGAUGCUUAGAGGCUCGUCCUAUGCAGCCACCGAUGAAUAUCGAUCUGCUAGUCGCUCCUCUCUGUACCAUUCUUCAGAAAGAAGCCUCGGCGGGCCGCUCUCUGGCACCAGGCCAAGACCUAGUUAUCUGGUUAUCCCGAAACUUCGCUUUCCGCGAACAUCACAUGCCUCAUCACAAACAUCAACUCGUGUACCACGGCCUGUGCCCUCCACAUACGCAUCUGCACAUCUUGUCAUUAGGCCAGCCAUGUAUGAUGAGCUUACGUUCAAGCCUGCUUGUGAUGAUAAAUCAAUUGUGCGGUACUCCCCCAACGGAUCCGUAACUGCAGCGACACCUUCUCGACUUGUUGCCGAGAUCACAUCUCCAAGCUUCCUGGACUAUGAACUCAUCUCAGAUUUUUUCCUGACCUACAGAUCCUUUCUGGAGCCUCAGAUCCUCCUCCAGAUGCUCAUGGCGAGGCUCGUAUGGGCUUUGGAACGCACUGACGAGGUUGGGAUGAUUGUUCGGGUUCGAACUUUCGUCGCCAUGCGACACUGGAUCCUCAACUACUUUGUCGACGACUUUGUCCUGGACUACAAUCUUCGGCUCCUCUUCUGUAUCUUGCUCAACGACUUUGUCGACGAGCUAUCCCACGAUAUGAACCAGAGCAGAGUUCCGCUCAAAAUUUUGGCAGAGCUCAAAAAGUGUUGGCGACGGAUAUGUGCUCAUUAUUGGGAUGGCCCCGAAUUUGACGAUGGCCUUGAACCUCUAGUUCCAAUUGCGCCAGGAGGCAUUGCAGGAUAUAGAGAUCCCGACUUGGAUCCUUCUUUCUGGGAAAUACAAGGAAUGGAUCAGCCACAGUGGCGUGCCGUGGCAGGCAUCCCGCAAGGAUUGAGCGACGAGACCAACCCAAGUGAAACUGUUCCCAAGGCGGCCAGCAUCGGAGAAUUCGUCGUGUUGGACGAUCGCCCAGGGACUCCUGAGCACCAGAUCAUCACCACCACGACACCAGCAAAUGGCCCGUCUUCGCCUCUUAGUAUAGCAAGCAUGGACAUUGUGUCUUGUUCCUUUCCAAGCAAGAAUGUGAGGUCUCUGAAUCCAAACUCCAGUCAACCUCUUGCAGCUCAUCCGGUGUACUCGACGUCUCCUAUCCUCCCGCCUGGAGCUAUUGCUACUACUCCCAAAGCGCUUGCUGGCAAGCGCGUUCGUCCGGCGCAAAGCCACAAGCGCAAUAACAGCACCACUGACUCUUUGAGAGAUCAUGGCUCCGAUCACUCCUCAUCACACGAUGUCGACCUUCACAUGAUUCUGCAGUCUGCCGGAAACCUUGUUCGAGGCAACAUUCUUCCACCCGGCCAGCCUUUUGUCGAUAUUGAAACUGAUUCAACCACUGGUGACCGCAACAGGCAGACCACCAUCUUCCAGCCUGCGUCUCGCCACGUUACCAAAGAUCGCAUCUUUGGAGUUGCCAUGUCGGGAUCUGGAAUGAAGAAAUUCCUGGGAGGCGUACGGCGCGCAUUGAACAAUCGUGGGCAAUGGUCGUCCGGAUCGCAUUCGAGUUUGCCCGCUGUCACUUCUCUGAGUGCUCACAACAUUGCAAUGGACCGAUUGCCCGCAGCGACUAUUAUCGCCCAGACUGGCUACGGCCCGACCAGCACUCGGCCGCCAGUGAGAAUCGAUCUCCUUGGGGCUGAGGUGGCCGAAGAUUUCAAACAAGCCAUCCGUGAAGAAGAGGAAGCUGCCGAAGUAGAACGAUUUGGUGCACCCCGACCGGCACCAACCGCCGUCCAUGGACCUAUGGAUUAUUCUGCCGCACAUAUGGAGUCCACCACAGUUGAUAACUUGCUACAGGAUAGGGGGCUACGGCCUAUGAGCGAUAUGGGUCUUACCAACGGAAGCAAGUCUAUUGUUAUUAUUGACGACACGGUGCCGGGCUUGCGUGACAGAUUGCCUUUGAACACUUUCAACCCCAAUCCUCCUGUUGUGGGAUUGUCAGCGGGCUCUUUUCUAACUGUCGGCGGCGAUCCAACUCCUCCAACAACGCCGCCCGCGCAGCUGCUCGCCGGAACAAUACGCAGGUCAUCAUAUCUUCUCGAUCAGCUCAUCAGCCCGCCAUCAGAGGAAUCUUUGCCCCCUUUCAUACCGGACAUGGCAACCUUGGGCCGCACCCACAGUGUAGGGCCAUCGGAAGAUGCAAAUCGACUCUCCACAUCAACAAUGCGCCGCGGUACUCUACGGCACCCACCUCUCAGCCGUGGAGCGCUGCAAUUUCAUAAGAGGAACCAGUCUACAAACGCUCAAAAGUCAGACUACUCCUUCAGACGCCAUGCCUCAUUUGGCAGUCAUCUUGAACGACAUUCCACAGCUCGAAGCUUUGAUGCCACCACAGACUCGUCCAUGCUUGAUAGAGAAUAUGAAGCCCCUGCCCCUGAGCCUCCCCGUGUGCUUCGCAGGCGUCCUGGUGGAUAUCUAAGAGCUGCUGCUAACGUGGGCGGCAUGGAUAACCAACCUGUGGUGCGGAGAACUCAGUCCGUUGGGUCCCUAACAACUUAUACCGAAUCUGUCAGGAGCUCCUACCUUCUCGGUACUCACCCAGAGCAGGACGAUGACGAAUGCAGCUUUGCUGGAACGGAAGACCAUCCCCGUGGGAGACAGGAAAUAUUUUCUGUUGGCCAGUUGACUGAGAAGCCUCCCAAGCGGAAUUUGUCCUUGUUUAGUACACAUUCGUCCAAGCCCAUUAUGCGUCCCUCGUUUGAGAUAGAAGCUCGAAAAUUGGCGCAGAUUCCUGAUGAGGAUGACGGUGGCAUUGAGUCUGCAUUGCUAAAGCUCGAGGGCAGAUACCAACCGAAGCCAAGAUCAUUCGAACGGCUUAACCAAAUGGCUCUGAUUGACGCACAAGAAUUUGGUGGAAGGGCGGCGGCUGCGGCGGCAGAACCUUAUAUUAGCCAAGAUGAAAGCCAACACAGUGAAACAAGUGGCAUGGAUAACGAGUAUUACGGAACCCAAGAUCGAGAUUCCUCUGGAGACAAAGGAAAGCAGCCACUCGAAUUUGAAUACAGCCGGAACACCAUAACAACCCGGAGCAGGGCAGCUACACUUGAGGCGCGCUCGUUCUUGAGCGGCGACUCAGACGAGUCAUAUUGCUCAAUACCUCUACUUGACCGGGGCUUGACAGAUGAUGGCCGAAGCAUAAAGGGAGUCUCUGAAUGGACUGACCGGUCUGUUCUUCGAGGCUCAUCAGACGAUGACGUUGUAGCUUCGGAUAUUCCCAUAGCUCUGCGCAUCUCUAAGCCUCAUCUUUCUUACGACUUUGUCGAAAAGACAGAGAGUAUUGAGAGGAUACGGCCUGGCACGACAAUUCCUGCGCCAGCCGAUGAUCGAACUUUCUUGGAAGACGCUAGCAUUGGUGGCUCAGAUCUUUCUUCUGAGCUUACUCCCUCUGAAGACGAAGAUGCAGAUAGAUUCCAAGACUCUUCCUACAUGGCUGAACCUAAGCAUGUCCUAGAGACCCCGCGGGCUAAUACCACUGAAGCUCUUCAUUCGGUACCUCAGACAGAAGUACCCAACACCCUCAAAUAUUCAAUUCAUUUGCCGUUCAUCCUGGCGUUUGACUCUGAUACCCUGGCGCAGCAAUUCACUCUUAUAGAGAAAGAUGCUCUGAACGAUAUUGACUGGAGAGAGUUGAUCGACAUGAAUUGGAAGAAUGCUACUAGCAACGAUUCUCGCUCGUGGGUUGACUUCUUGAGAAAGACUAAUGCUCACGGGGUUGAAGUUGUUAUUGCUCGAUUCAAUAUCAUGGUCAAGUGGGCGAUUUCUGAGAUUGUUCUAACUCAACACGUCGAAGAAAGGGCUCGAUGCAUCAUCAAGCUCAUUCACAUCGCAGCACAUUGUCGGCGCUAUCGCAAUUUCGCUACUCUGGCGCAGCUUACCAUCGCCUUGUCUAGUGCCGAGGUCUCCCGUCUAUCCAAGACGUGGGACCUGGUUCCGGUCAAAGACCAAAACACGCUGAGCGAGAUGGAGGCCCUUGUGACACCUUCUCGAAACUUUUACAACCUCAGAGCGGAAAUGGAGAGCGGUUCUGAUGGAGGAUGCAUUCCGUUCGUCGGUAUCUACACGCAUGAUUUGCUAUUUAAUGCACAGCGCGCUUCUGAAAUAGCCAGCUCACCGACCACUCCUCCGUUAGUCAACUUUGAACGAUGUCGCAUUGGGGCAGCCGUGGUCAAGACAAUGUUGCGACUGUUGGAAGCCAGCACUCGGUACACUUUCCAACCAGUCGAGGGCAUAACAGAGCGAUGUCUUUGGAUGGGCGCGUUAAGCGACGAAGAGAUCCAACGACGAUCUAAGACGUUGGAAUAG